AUGGCGGUGUCCUCGAUUCAAGACAGGACGAAUGAGUUUAGAUCCGUUCUUUCUCAGGUACAAAAGCGACAAGCGUCAUCUAAAGUUGGAUCACAAAGACAAUCACUCCUCACGGAUGCACAAAAAGCUGCGAACGGUAGCGCAAAUGGAGAUGGGAAACCACGGAGGUCAGAAUUCGCAAGGAGGGCGGCUGAAAUUGGACGCGGGAUUGGAGGAACGAUGAGCAAAUUAGAAAAGUUGGCACAGUUGGCUAAGAGGAAAACACUAUUCGACGACCGGCCGGUGGAAAUUAAUGAACUCACCUUCAUAAUCAAACAAGACCUCUCAUCCCUCAACCAACAAAUCUCUUCCCUCCAAACCCUAUCCCGCGCGCAACACCCAAAAGCCGACCAAGAAGGCGAACACAACAAAAAUGUAGUCUUCCUCCUCCAAGGCAAACUCACAGACGUCUCCGCAAACUUCAAAGACGUCCUCGAAGUCCGCACAAAAAACAUCCAAGCCUCGCGUUCACGGACAGAAAACUUCGUCUCCUCAGUCUCCGCCCACACCGCGCCCGCAAUCUCCCAAUCCGCAUCUCCCUUAUACAGCACACCUCAAAACCGGGGCUCACCAGGCCCCGGACAGGAUCUCCUCUCCCUGAACCCCGUGGGCGACCAGCAGCUCCUGAUGAUGGAAGAAGCGCAACCACAGAAUCAGUAUAUAAACCAGCGAGGCGAGGCAAUCGAGGCAAUCGAGCGCACAAUCAAUGAGCUAGGCGGUAUAUUCGGACAACUGGCAUCUAUGGUCUCGGAACAGAGCGAGAUGAUCCAGCGGAUAGACGCAAACACGGAAGAUGUGGUGGACAAUGUACAAGGCGCCCAGCGGGAAUUACUGAAGUACUGGUCACGCGUAUCUGGCAAUCGCUGGUUGGUUGCUAAGAUGUUUGGUGUAUUAAUGAUAUUUUUCUUACUCUGGGUGCUUGUAGCAGGAUAG